AUGCCCAGCAAGACCAAGUACAACCUUGUGGACGACGGGCACGACCUGCGGAUCCCGCUGCACAACGAGGACGCCUUCCAGCACGGCAUCUGCUUCGAGGCCAAGUACGUCGGGAGCCUGGACGUGCCGAGGCCCAACAGCAGAGUGGAGAUCGUGGCAGCCAUGCGCCGGAUCCGGUUCGAGUUCAAAGCCAAGAACAUCAAGAAGAAGAAAGUGAGCAUCAUGGUUUCAGUGGACGGAGUGAAAGUGAUUCUGAAGAAGAAAAAGAAGAAGGAGUGGACGUGGGACGAGACCAAGAUGCUGGUGAUGCAGGACCCCAUCUACAGGAUCUUCUACGUGUCUCACGACUCCCAGGACUUGAAGAUCUUCAGCUACAUAGCACGGGACGGAGCCAGCAACAUCUUCCGGUGCAACGUCUUCAAGUCCAAGAAGAAGAGCCAAGCCAUGCGGAUUGUGCGGACUGUGGGGCAGGCUUUCGAGGUGUGCCACAAGUUGAGCCUGCAGCACACGCAGCAGAGCGCGGACGGCCAGGAGGACGGCGACAGUGACUGGCACAGCCACGGCUCCGGGGACCCAGGCCGCCAGCUCCCUGGAGCCGAGAGGGCCUCCCCGGCCACUGCGGAGGAGACCGACAUCGACGCCGUGGAGGUCCCCGUCCCGGGCAGCGACGCCCUUGACUUCAGCCGCGGGGUGACCGACCUGGACGCAGUGAGGAAGGACGGCGCCCCCCACGCAGACUCCAGGGUGCCGCCCCAGGAGCCUGUGCCCACAGCCUCGCCCCGGGUGCCGCCGCCCCCGCCCCGUGCACAGGCCCAGGGCGCGGACACGCCGCUGUCCUCGCAGCACCAGCUGCAGCUCCUGCACCAGCUCCUCCAGCAGCAGCAGACGCAGACGCAAGUGGCCGUGGCCCAGGUUCACUUGCUGAAGGACCAGCUGGCGGCGGAGGCGGCGGCGAGGCUGGAGGCGCAGGCCCGCGUGCACCAGCUCCUGCUGCAGAACAGGGACGCCCUGCAGCACGUGUCCCUGCUGGUCAGGCAGGUGCAGGAGCUGGAGCUGAAGCUGUCAGGACAGACCACCAUGGGCUCCCAGGACAGCCUGCUGGAGAUCACCUUCCGCCCCGGAGCCCUGCCCGUGCUCUGCGACCCCACGACCCCCACUCCAGAGGACCUGCCUUCGCCACCCCUGGGAGCCUGCCCGGCCCUGCCUGCAGGCAGCCCCUUAGCGGGCCACAGCAUGUUUGAGAAUCCGAGCGCGUCCCUCCCCCCGAAGCCGCCGUCCAGCCUCUCUGGGCCCCAGGUGUCCCGGUCGGAGCCCCUGGGGUCCGUGGAGCCGGGCGGGCCGGGCCUCUGGGGGGGCAGCAGCCAGCACCUGUGGAACCUGGGCAAAGCCAUGGGGGCCAAGGUGAACGACCUCCUGCGGAGGAGGGAGCCCUGGGGCCUGGGCGGCGUGGGCGCCAUGGAGGUCAACUGGACGGCCGAGGCCCAGCUGGCCGGCGCGCCCGGCGGGGCGGACGACGGGUCGGCCCUGCCAGAAGCCGUCCCUCGGCUGGACCCGCCGCCGCCCACCGGCCGGAAGCGGACGCCCCGGGCGCUGAAGACCACGCAGGACAUGCUGAUCUCCGCCCAGCCCGUGCUGAGCAGCCCGGAGUGCUCCCCGCCCCCCGCGCAGCCUGGCCCCGCGGGGACGCCGCCGCCGGAGGCCACCGUGGACGGCGCCCUGCCCAACGGCGAGGCGUCCCUGUCGGUGCCCGACCUGAUCCACCCGGAGGGCUCAGGCGAGCCCCGGCUGAAGGGCGCCCCCUGCAGGAGGGCCUCCCCGCCCGGCCCCGCCGAAAGCAGCAGCCUCCAGCCUGGCCCCUGCCCUGGCCGCCCGGCUGAGCUGCCACCGGACAGCAGCCCCCGCCCCGGGGCGCGGACCUGCAGCCUGGACAGCGAGGGACCUCACCCCGACCUGCUGUCCUUUGAGUAG